AUGGAGAGCGGAGGGCGGCCCUCGCUGUGCCAGUUCAUCCUCUUGGGCACCAGCUCCGUCGUCACCGCCGUCCUGUAUUCCAUAUAUCGGCAGAAGGCCCAGGUCGCCCAAGAACUCAAGGGAGCUAAAAAAAUCCACUUAGGUGAAGAUCUGAAGAGUAUUCUUUUGGAAGCACCGGGAAAAUGUGUGCCUUAUGCUGUUAUUGAAGGAGCUGUGCGAUCUGUUAAAGAAACACUCAACAGCCAGUUUGUGGAGAAUUGCAAGGGGGUAAUUCAGCGUCUGACACUUCAGGAGCACAAGAUGGUUUGGAAUCGAACAACCAACCUUUGGAAUGAUUAUUCAAAGAUCAUCCAUCAGAGAACCAACACGGUGCCAUUUGACCUAGUGCCCCACGAGGAUGGUGUGGACGUGGCUGUCCGAGUGCUGAAGCCUCUGGAUUCAGUGGAUCUGGGCCUGGAGACUGUGUAUGAGAAGUUUCACCCCUCGAUCCAGUCCUUCACGGAUGUUAUAGGCCACUACAUCAGUGGUGAGCGGCCCAAAGGCAUCCAGGAGACAGAGGAAAUGUUGAAGGUCGGGGCCACCCUCACAGGGGUGGGGGAAUUGGUCCUGGACAGCAACUCAGUUCGCCUCCAGCCCCCCAAGCAGGGCAUGCAGUACUACCUGAGCAACCAGGACUUUGACACCUUGCUGCAGAGGCAAGAGUCGAGUGUCAGACUCUGGAAGGUCCUGACGCUCGUAUUUGGCUUUGCCGCCUGUGCCACCCUCUUCUUCAUUCUCCGCAAGCAGUAUCUGCAGCGGCAGGAACGGCUGCGCCUCAAGCAGAUGCAGGAGGAGUUCCGAGAACAUGAGGCCCAGCUGCUGAGCGGGGCCAUGCCCGACGACAGGGAGAGUCUGAAGAGUGCCUGUGUCGUGUGUCUGAGCAACUUCAAGUCCUGUGUCUUCCUGGAGUGUGGGCAUGUCUGUUCCUGCUCUGAGUGCUACCAUGCUUUGCCUGAACCCAAGAGCUGCCCCAUUUGCAGACAGAGGAUCACCCGUGUGGUUCCUUUGUACAAUAGCUAAGUGUCCUGAAGCCAUAUGGUCAGAUCUGGAAGUAACUCUCUUCCAGGAAUUCUUACCUGGAGACCUUU